AUGAGUUCUUCCGAAUCGAACCUCAGCCGUGCGGCUCGCUAUGCCGUUCCGUUCGCCUUGGUCUUGAUUCCUGUUUGGAGGGCCAAGGUUAACGCGGAAGUCCCCGAGCCGUAUCUCGAUGAGGUCUUCCAUGUCCCUCAAGCUCAGGCGUACUGGGCUCACCAAUGGACACAUUGGGAUCCAAAACUUACUACUCCCCCAGGCCUUUACCUAUGGUCGUAUCUCCUCUGCGCCGUUCUUCUCGCAAUCCGCGGCUCUCCGACGAAGCUCGACACCGAAGCUCUGCGCGCGACCAAUGUCGCGACAACCGCCGUCUUUCUCCCGUGGAGACUUCAGGCACUCUCGGAUGCUGUGCAUAGUGUGCGAAACUCCCGACAAGCGGGUGCCUGGAUCAGUCAUACGGUGCUGAACAUCUGUCUGUUUCCGCCGCUGUUUUUCUUCUCCGGACUAUAUUAUACCGAUAUCCUCGCGCUUUUGGCUGUCGUCGAGGCAUACAACUGGGAUCUCAAGCUGGCGUCUAGAAAAGGAUACACUGUGGUCUCUACUUUUGGAUUCCUAGUGUUUGGGCUUGCGGCGUUGGUUUGCCGCCAGACAAAUAUCUUCUGGGUGGCUGUGUUCCUGGGUGGACUGCAAGUUGUUCGGACAAUUCGCAGCCACUCCAAGACUCUUCAGUCAUCUGAUCUACCCUCUGUUUUUGAAGGUGGUAUGCGAGGCCAUAUUUAUGACCCGUUGGUCUCGGAGGCUUCUCUUGGAGAUUACUUCAAAGCUGCAAUUUCCUUCGCUGUGUCGAGCCUGAGACACCCCAUCACCGUUGUUGGAUAUCUCCUCCCCCACAUUAUCAUUCUGGGAGCAUUUGGUGCAUUUGUUCUCUGGAACGAUGGUGUUGUUUUGGGACACAAAGAGUUCCAUACCGCUGGGAUUCAUUUGGCUCAAAUGCUUUAUAUCUGGCCCUACUUCGUUUUCUUUUCCUGGCCGAUCUUGAUUAUCCCUGUGCUCAAUCUUGUUCUUCCUCGGAGUGUUCUGCCGAAGUCUCUCAACUAUGGCUUCCCCGAGAAACAGAAGAAGUUGCCUGGUAUCCUCGCCUGCCUGAUUGUUCUGCCGACCAUGCUUGCCAUCGUCCAUUUCAACACGAUUGUGCACCCUUUCACUCUGGCUGACAACCGUCACUACGUCUUCUAUGUCUUCCGCCUCCUGCUUGGAGUCCACCCCACCAUCAAGUACGCGGCAGUCGUGGUCUACUUCCUCUGCGGAUGGUCGGUGAUCUCCGCCUUUGGAUUUUCGACUCCUCAGUUCCUUCAAGUCCCUGCCACCAAGCCAACUCAUGCCACCAAGCCUACUGAGAAGGAGGUGCCCAAGGAGACCAGAAAACAGACUCGAGCUAAGGCCAAGGCUGCACCCCAAAAUGGCAACCAGCAGCCGGAGCAGAAGCCGCAGCCACCCAAAAUACAGCCAAUAUCACCUGAGGCAUUUGAACGGAUGAGGGAGACUCUUGCUCAGCGGAAAGCCCAGGAAAAAGAGACGCGAGUCAGUUUUGUGCUUGUUUGGAUCGCUGCCACUGCAUUGUCUCUUGUGACAGCACCGCUUGUCGAACCCCGAUACUUUAUUAUCCCUUGGGUGAUGUGGCGCCUGCAUCUGCCACCCUCGCCGACUCCCGCAGCGCUCCGAAAGCGUUUUGCUAAUGAGGGCGAGAAAUUCCGCGCGGAUGUGGCUACCAAUUUCCCCAAGUUCCUUGAAACCGUAUGGUUCAUUCUCAUCAAUGUCGUUACGGGGUACGUCUUCCUGUACAAGGGCUUCGAAUGGCCCCAGGAGCCGGGCAAGAUUCAACGGUUCAUGUGGUGA